ACAUCGUAUCCAUGUUCUCAAAUGCAGUAUCGACAAACAGCUGCGACAACAAAAAGGCCAAUGAUGUCGUUCGCUCGAGCGUGGUGGUCACAAUUCCGCUCUGCAUGACUUCUGUUUGAUGGCCUCACAUCAUCGCCAACAUCAAGAAGGGUGUAUCAAGAAGCCCAAUCUGAAUUAGCCGUUGCUUUUUUGCACAAUCUGGAUUUGGAUGCGAGAGCUAUUGGGGAUGCCAAUAGCUCUUGUUCUUUUAUUCUUGUUGUACCCUCCGUGAAGGUCCUGCCUCGAUUGUUACGCCUUGUCUGUUUUGUGGUUGUUCUGUGGGAGUGUUCCUGUCUAUCUAUCUGUUGUUCUAUCUGUGCUGUUAGUGAGGUAUUAUAGAGAGUGCCACACUAGACUAGCUAUCUAGAUUAUAUUAUAUUUGCCCGCGAUGACUACCUCCACGACGGUAGUACCCUCUCGGGAGGAUCGCAGGGCAACCAAAAAGUGGCUGCCGCCUCUGCGAACCAUAGAAGAAGUGACCAAACUGUUGAAACCGGACAACGGUCCUCGAUUGAACGAAAUUAAACUCUGUUGGCGCGAUCCACAACUGCAGGAUAUGCGCAAUCCGACCAGUUCCAGUGCUACCAGCAAGGCGGUUCUUCACAAAAAGAAAAUUGCCGCCUUGGAAAAGGCACUCAAGAAAAGUCCCUCCAAGAUUGAACGUAUUUCCGUGGGAUGGAAGCAUGGAGAUCAACGCAAAUCGGUUAUUCAACUCUUGCAAGUCUUUAUCCAUCAAGCCAAAGCUCCGGCAUUGCAACAAUUGCAAUCCAUGGAAUUGGUAUUGGUCACUUGGAUUCCAGAUACCGUAUUGUUGCAGUUGCUGCUACCCCAUGCCCACAAACUCAGAUCGCUGCACAUUCAAGCCACACGCAUCAAGGUACGCACCAAACCCAAAAAGAUGGUUUUCAAGAAUACCUACCAGAGCGUCCAUGCCGUCGAUUCCGUCGUCUUGCAAGAAGAAUCCGCCGCCAAGAUUCUGGCCACUCCUCGAUUGGCGGAUCAAUUGACCAACUUGACAUCCCUCAAGUUUAUCGAUGCCGAUGUCUUGGAUCCGGAAGUCAACAUAAUUGUGCGAUUUUUAUGGCGUCAUUACAGCCGCCAUGGGAUUGAACAUCUCAGCCUUCGAUCCAAUCGACACAUGACCCCCGCGGCUUUGAAACAAAUUUGUCAAGCACCCGUGUCCAAGACACUCGAUCUGAGCUUGUGCAAUAUCAAGAUACUCGGUGCCAAGGCGAUUGCAGAUGCGUUGGGCAAUGGCGACAGGAACAAGAACCACAGUUGGAGGCAACGUCACGGCAUUAUAUUGCAAGAAUUGGCACUCUGUGGCAAUUAUCAAUUGGACGAACAGGCACUCAUACACCUCUGUCAAGUCUGUCCGUAUCAAGUCCGACAUUGGAACCUCAGUUACUGCGACAUGAACGAACACAAGUCGUUGGUUGUCUUGAGAGAACUGACGCCAGCAUUGGUGAGGAAGGACUGUCCUCUGACGGAAUUGACCCUGCAGGGCAGUCGCAUCAACAAUUCCGAAGCGUGCAGAUAUAUUCAACAUAUUUUGAAAUACAAUCGGUCCUUGACGGCACUGCGACUCGAUGAUCCCAAGUAUCCGCACUACUUGCCCUCGAAACCAUUGCUCGAAACGAUCGUUCAAGGCCUGCAUCAUAACUAUGGCGUCCAAGAACUGACAUUGGAUGUACGAUGGAUUCGGUUGUAUCAUAAUCAUGGUCCACCGGCCGAUCCCAUUCAGAACGAAAUGGACUUUUAUCUGUACUUGAAUCGAGCGGGUCGUAAGCUGCUGCAAGCCAACGAUGACAAUUUGCUUCUGCAUAGCAAGGAAGCUUGGAUUGAGACACUCGUCAAGGCUCGGCACACGGGACGCAUGGAUGUCCUCUACUGGCUGGUUCGAAAUGGUGUCAUGCACUUGUUUUGAGAGGAGGACAACAACAAAUUGACGACAGCACCAGAUCGACGACAACAUGUCUGAACAGAAAAGAGAUUCCAAAAGGUGACACGACAAACAGCAACGCAGCUGCAUGCAUCAAUCUUCAGUAGAGCGUGCAUGCACAACUCAAAAGGCGACACAAACAGGAAUAACCUCAAGAGCUGGAUUUUACUCAUGAAGAUGGCAGAGGCAAACCGACACAAGUAAAGGACCACAAAGCAAAGGACAGUUGCACUCAUUUGGUUACAAGCCCUCGUCAGGUAAUAGAAUACUAAAUCUAGAAGUAAGUAGUAGUGGAAACCAGUUGCAUC